GACGUAACCACCAACAGUUGAACACAAGUUGUACAUUUAGAUAUCUUUCUACAUACGAGGUGUCCGACGGAUGGAAUCCACUUCAGAUACGCUUUUUUCAAGAGCGAUGAUGUGCAACAGAUGCACGCUCCACAGGCACGCCUCAAGAUGACAAGCGCCUAGAACUUGAAGAGACCGUUCACUUGUGCAGACCGCUGUCCUGCUCUCUCCGCAGUUGCAUGAACCUACAGCAUUGCAAUUGCUACAUGCCAUAGACCAAAGGCGUUCGUUUAUACCAUCAUGUGGUCUGGUACCCCAAAAUUUGUCUUCGUCCUUACCCUGGUGCUUAACUGUGUCCUCUGGUCUCAAAGUCGGUACGGUCAUCUCAAGAGCGUUCGAUCACACGACAGUGGUCUCUUGGCACGGAGAAGUCUCUUGGAGGUUUACCAGGUUGACUCGAACGUUAGUGUUUCGGGAUACAGAGAAAAGUGCCACCCUAUAUCGUUUCCAGUAGAAGCCCAAUGUCCCAUCGCACGAGACCUAUGUCCUCAAUCAGAUACCUUCCUAUCCAUACCCUACGUCCGACAUUACUUCUGCUCGGACUCACAUUUGCGCCCUCUCAUCUUCUCAGGGUACAUCAUAUGGCUCGCCUUUCUCUUUUCCACUCUCGGAAUCAGUGCUUCAGAUUUCUUCUGUCCAAACCUCGGUACCCUCUCGCAUCUCCUCGGCUUGGAUGAGAACGUCGCAGGAGUGACGUUUUUGGCUUUCGGAAAUGGAAGCCCAGACGUCUUCGCGACUUUCUCAGCUAUGCGAAGUAAUUCCGGUGGAUUGGCUAUUGGUGAAUUGCUUGGUGCGGCAUCGUUCGUCACUUCAUGCGUCGUUGGGUCCAUGUGUAUCAUCAAGCCGUUCAAGGUCGAUCGAGGACCUUUCCUACGAGAUGUCGGGUUCUUCACGCUUGCUGUUAUCAUGCUUCUGGCCGUACUAUGGGACAAUGAGAUCGAAGCAUGGGAGGCUGCGUCUAUGAUUGUCCUCUAUGUUAUAUAUGUCACCGUGGUUGUCGUAGGAUCUUACCUCGAGAGGUGGAGGGAACGACGGAAGCAGAUAGAAGCCAUGAGGCGUGAUGAGUUUCGGGAGGAAGCGAUCCAGUAUCCUCCAUUCCAUGAUGAAGAAGUGAGCCUACCAACAACAGGGACAGCAGCUCUCGAGAUUCCGUAUAGCAGAGCUCGCGCCGUCUCGCAACCAGGGCCUCCUCGACUCGGCUUGGAACUUCCACCGCGACCACAUACACGAUCACCCUCACCUCUUUCGACCCGUUCAUCCCAGUUACGUCACCGACCCCCUUCCACACACUCACAUGUAGGUCACAUGCCAUCGUUCUCCCUUAUUGGCGCCCUAGAGUUCCGCCGAGUCGUCUCUGAACUUCAACAACAAUCGGCAAGCUCAGCACUGAGCCUAUUCGAGAGUCCUUUAACACCGUACCCAGGCGGUCAUUAUCAUACCCAUCCUCAUCGCGGCUCAAGAGAACGGACGCCAAUCGACUAUGGCUCUGAACGCGACCCUUGGGAUACAGCGCUAGGUCUUCCUUUACAUGAUCGUUCACCACAAGGUGCGAUUCCACCUCUGAUAGAAGAGGAGACCACUACGGAGGGUGGUCCGACUCCCAUGAUUACUAUCACCCACACCCCAGCCUCGCCCGUAACAGAAACUUCAUCCGAAGUAGAAUCCACACGAUAUACACCACUCACCAAACGACAACGUGCAUUCCGCGUUCUAGCACACGUAUAUCAUAUCUUGUUCCCGACUUUGCAGGAUUUCAAAGCCAAAUCUCUCUUGGGGAAAAUAGCUGCUGUAUUUGCAGCACCAGCUGUUACGGUGUUGACACUCACAUUGCCUGUGGUCGUCACAGAUUAUGAUUGCGAUGGCGCACACGAAGAGAAGUUCCUGACGGAUGAGGGACGUUUGAUUGAUUUUGAAGAGGAAGGUGUGGAGAGGGCGCUUAUAGCGGAGGACCGUGUCGAGGAAGAACUUCGCGAGCUCAAGUUCAAUAAAUGGUUGAUGGCUGUGCAAUGUGUGCUUGGACCGCUCUUCUGCAUUGCUGUUCUCUUCGAUGCAACGGAGCACGAACCAUGGCUUCUACUAGCCGCGGGUGUAUCAGGCGCAACUUUCGGUAUCCUCGUCGCCGUCUUCGCAAAGCAUGGUGAAACCUCUGCAGCUCGCCUUGCUCGAUGUGCUAUGGGUUUCAUCGUUGCAAUCGUCUGGAUCAUGGCCAUCGCCGACGAAGUUGUCCAAGUGCUACAGACAUUCGGCCUCAUCUUUGGCUUGUCUGACGCCAUAAUCGGGCUCACCAUUUUCGCGAUGGGUAAUUCCCUCGCAGACCUCGUUGCGAACAUGUCUGUUGCCGUCUUCGCACCUAUUAUGGGCUUCUCUGCAUGUUUUGGUGGACCUAUGCUCAAUAUCCUCUUGGGUAUAGGAAUCUCUGGAUCAUAUAUCAUAGGCCAGAACGGUGGUGCUUCUUAUCCUCUGCACUUCAGCACGACGCUCCUGAUGACAGGAACUGGUCUGUUGGCGCUGUUGAUCGUGACGUUAGUGUUCGUUCCUUGGAAUGGGUACUUCCUGCCUAGAAGUUGGGGUGUUGCGCUCAUAGUGGGUUAUGUUGCUCUUAUGGCUGCGAAUGUGGUUGUAGAGGUCAAAAUGGCUUCUUCAUAGUACAGUGAUACUGGUAAGGAAUGGACUCUACUUGGAUGUUGCUUCUGAUAACUUAUGACUGCUUUCUCAAGUUGAUUGAUAGCUCGCUUUCUUGUAUCAUUACUUUGCAUUCUUCUCAUUUGCUCUCCAUACAUAUGCAUCCAUAUCUACACUGACAUAUCACUAUCUGCACCUCACUCUAGUCAAUGAAAUUGCAUGUACAUUCAAUAUGUACUUGAAGGAAAUUGAAAAUACACUAAAAUUACAGGAAGAAAGAUAACUAAUUCUGAUUCAGACUGUCUGAAUUAUCAUCAUCAUCAUCAUCAUCAUCAUCAUCAUCAUCAUCAAAAGUAGUAUCAAUAUGUCCAUACUGCCAUGAUUGAUCUAUG